AUGGCGACUAAGACCAUCCAUGGGAACUCGCAAUACCAAAAGCCUUCCCUUCUACGCUGGAAGUGGGAGUCACCGGAUGGAGGAUAUCAUAAUGACCAGACCAUCGUCAGUAAAAGGUUCUGGCUGACGGACGUCGCUGUUGUGCCAAAGUUCUAUACAGGAUCAGACCAUCGUCUUUUUCGAGGAAGAUUUCCUUCCACACGGAGAGAAAACAUCGACGGCGAAUAUGAGCGGCUUGUAGAACAUUUUCAAAACUGUGCGAUGAAAGCGAAGAGUUUCAAAACCACCAAGAGACGCCUGUCUCUGGAAACUCUAGACCUGAUACGUCAGCGUAGACGUUCACGAGCUGCAAGCAACCAAGAACUCAUGUGUCAGCUCCGAAGACUUUGGAGAGAGGCGACAAAAAAGACCUUAAAGAGAGAAGAGCAGAAGUGUUGGCUGAAGCUGCAGAGGCGGGACAGAGCAUUCGUUAUGCCCGUCGAAACUUCGUCAAUCGAAAAGCAACAAUGUCUGCUCUCUGGUUCCCAGAUGCAACAACUACAGCAUCGAAAAGGGGGGAUGGAAAAGGUCAUUCAGGACUUCUACUCAGAUCUCUUCGACACUCAUGUCCACUUGCCUCUUUACCAUCUGAGAGAAGACGGUCAAUCCUGA